AUGGACACAGAGCGGCUAGCGAAGGCCCCGGCUCGGAAAGAAGAGCGUACGAGGCAGGCCGCUGCUGCAAGAGGCUCCCCUUCGAGGCCGCCGGGCCUCCGCCCGGAGCCGCCCGUCCGAGGCUGCCCGUCCGAGGCCGCCGGGCCUCCGCGGAGCCGCCCGCCGUUGCGACCUUCACCUGGCUGUGAAAUGACAUCCGGCCGCACCACAGCGCAGAAGCCGCCUCUCCGGAUGCGGCGCGGCCACGCCCGCAGCUCCCCGCCCUCCGCGGGGGCGGCGGGCCCAGCACAGGGGCGCCCGGCACACGGAGAGCCGGCCUCGGCCCCGCACGCCAGCCAGGAAGUUCCGCAAUCCCGGGCCUCCUUACCUAACUUCCGGAAGUCUGGUCCUCCCACAGCCCUCCUUCAAGCCCGGGCCUCCGCGCCUCCCUCCCGGAAGCCCAGGCCAUCCCUUCCCUCCCGGAAGCGUGGGCCUCCGCGCCUCGCUUCCCUCCCGGAAGCGUGGGCCUCCGCGCCUCGCUUCCCUCCCGGAAGCGUGGGCCUCCGCGCCUCGCUUCCCUCCCGGAAGCGUGGGCCUCCGCGCCUCGCUUCCCUCCCGGAAGCGUGGGCCUCCGCGCCUCGCUUCCCUCCCGGAAGCGUGGGCCUCCGCGCCUCGCUUCCCUCCCGGAAGCGUGGGCCUCCGCGCCUCGCUUCCCUCCCGGAAGCGUGGGCCUCCGCGCCUCGCUUCCCUCCCGGAAGCGUGGGCCUCCGCGCCUCGCUUCCCUCCCGGAAGCGUGGGCCUCCGCGCCUCGCUUCCCUCCCGGAAGCGUGGGCCUCCGCGCCUCGCUUCCCUCCCGGAAGCGUGGGCCUCCGCGCCUCGCUUCCCUCCCGGAAGCGUGGGCCUCCGCGCCUCCCUCCCGGAAGCCUAGAGCAUCCGACCCGCAUCCCGGAAGCCCGGGCCGCCCGCUCAGGUUUGGAUGCCGUCUAG